GUAAGAAAAUCAAAAUGGGUUUUUGUGGGGUUUUGAAUAUCGAAUACCGCUUAAAACGAUAAGUUUAUGAAUUAUUGUUACUUGUUUUUAUAGAAGUUACACGAAAUGGAUAAUCUUAAUGCAGUAAAGGAAAUGGUUUUAGAUGAAGACAAAUUAGUUACAUACAUCUCCAUAAGCAAAGAACUUUGCAUACAUGUGAACACAAGUAAAAUGUUAUUGGAGAAAGUCGUUCAAUCUAUUCGUCAAGAUAAACCUAAUUUAAAUUUAAAUGUGAUCUUUUUAAUAUCAGGAUUAACGAACAGUAAUGUAGCUAGAGUCACUGUCUGUCCAGAAUCCGAAUUAGUAGGCCUGCGAAGCACAUUUAAAGUGGUACAUUUUGAACACAUUUAUAGCAUUAGUAAAGGUGCUAUCGAUAACAUACUACUAGUUAAUAACAAUUAUGACGAUUUUAAUUUGUGCUCAGGCUCAAUCAAGAACAGCUUUUGCGUAAAACACAGCUCAUCCGAAAUAAAUAAUUUGAAAUCAAGUAGCCUAGUUGUUUCUGAAACUUCCAGCAAUAAAAGUAUACCUCCGCAUAAGAAGGUCAAAGUAGAGGUCCAAGAAAAGUUAACAAAUGGCGAAAGUUCCAAUCAAGGAAAUAAUGCAGUCAAACAUACUGACAUGAAAAUCAAAAAAGAACAACAAUCCCCUAAAAAAGAGAGCCCCUCACCAAGAAAAGAAAAUAGAAAACAGAGCAAUCAAAAGAUUAAUGGUAUUAAUAAAACACAAAAAGGCAUUGCUGGAUUUUUUGGCAAACCAUCUAAUACAAGUAAGAAAAGUACUCCUGAAGUGUCUAAAAAUGGACUUCUUAGUGAAAGCGAGGUAAAAAUUGAAAAAAUGGAAGUUGAUCAAGUUAAGUCAGAAACUGCACCCAAAUGUUAUACAAACACAAACAAAACUAAUAAAAAAUUAGAGAGUAAAAAUGAUGACAAAAAGACCUCUCCUAAGGAAGACAAGAAUAAAAUUUUAAAUGAAAUUAAAAAAUCAUCAAGGGUAGACAAAAAACGUAAAAGAGUAUUACAUGUAUCUGAUAGUGAGAGUGAAGACAGAAGUGACACAGAGAAAGACAUUCAAGAGCCGAUUCAAGACUCUGAUGAUGAAAUUCCCCCAACACCUAUGACUAACAACAUCAAGAUAACUUCUGGUAUGGUUAACCCCAAGAAGAAGAGAAAAGUGAUAGACAAAACAUUCCAGGAUGACGAAGGUUACAUUCUGACAAAGAAAGUUGAGGUCUACGAGAGCUGUUCUGAUGAGGAGAAUGUACCAGAAGCCCAAACUAUACCCGAACCCAAAGUAAAGGAGGUAAAGAAAGAGACUUCUCCUAAAAGUAAUGCAAAGUCAAAAAGUGCAAAGAAAAAAAUUACUUCACCACAGAAGGGAAAGCAAGCAACACUUAUGAACUUCUUUAAAAGAAAAUAAUGUUCGAGCGAUUUAAAAUUAUGGAUAUGCCCUUUAAAAAGGAAAUGUAUUAGUUGUGUUUACAAAUAAAUUAUGUUCUUAUUUUUA